AUGUCAGACGAUUCCUGCGCGAAUCCAUUACUGCUCGAAUGGGUAAAAGGAUGGCUGGAUCAGGCGCGGGAGCGAAAUUCAAAAGGCUUUAAUGUAUACAAAAAGGCCUAUGAUUCAAUGAAGGCAUGCCCUUUGACAUUCAACCACCCUUCAGAGGCGCAGCAGCUCAAUGGCUUUGGACCAAAGCUAUGUGAUCGCCUAACCGUGAAGUUGAAUGCAUAUUGUGUACAAAAUGGGCUUCCCUUGCCUGAGUUACCCAAACAAGCUCGAAAAAGAACAGUAAAUGAUGGAAAUGCUGAGGGCCAAACGGCCAAAAAGCCAAAGAAAGUAAAACCUUAUGUUCCAAUCCUGCGAUCCGGUCCCUAUGGCUUGCUCCUGGGGCUUGCAUCCGUAAAUGAAAAUUCAUCUCUGGGGCUGACAAAACAGCAACUCAUUGAGCUUGCUCAGCCAUAUUGUGAUGUUUCAUAUUCAGUACCACCUGAUCCGUCCAAGUUUUAUACUGCUUGGAAUUCAAUGAAAACUUUAGUACAGAAAGAUCUUGUUUAUGAGUAUGGUCGGGUGUCUUCGAGAAGGUAUCUUCUCACUGAGGACGGAUGGGAGAUUGCGAAGAAGAUUAAAAAAACUUUGCCAAAGGAGGGUUCCGAUGGAUUUCAAAGCGGAUAUAGCCAAACAUCGCAGAUUGGCGAAAUUUCGUCAGGGAACCCGAUUGGAUCACAUCGGCUUGUAGAUCGGACAACCCCCCUGCCCAGUGCCUUGGAACCGCGUUCUCCUCUUCGUCACCCUAGUCCCAAGCGGACCACCAUAGAUCUAGAUGAUUUCGAUUUUCUAGAUAGGUCUAACCAAGGAAUUCCACGCGUGCAAGAUAUUUCCGCAAACAUUGGACGACCAACAUCAUCGAAUGGAGAUUCGCCACCCCAGAGCAAAGGCAUAUCUUUAUCCGCAUCUUCAAUCAAGCCAAUUGCCCUCGCACCAGACAGUUUCACCGUUGAACUUGUCCUCGAUGUCCGCGAAAUUCGCUCCACAAGAGACAGAGAUUAUAUCUCCAACGAACUAAGUAAGAAAGGCAUAAACCCCAUUGUCCGCUCCCUUGAAGUUGGCGAUGUACUCUGGGUCGCAAAAUGCAAAGAUCCAACCUUCCUCACACGACAUGGCGAGGAGGGCGAUGAAGUCAUGCUGGACUGGAUCGUGGAGCGAAAACGCCUCGAUGAUCUCGUCAGCAGUAUCAAAGACGGACGUUUCCAUGAGCAGAAAUUUCGUCUACGGCGCUCAGGGGUGCGGAAUGCCGUUUACUUAAUCGAAGACUUUGCUGAUGCAGGCAUUACGGGGUCUAAGUAUCAUGAGCACGUCGCGUCAGCCAUUGCGUCCACGCAGGUCGUGAAUGGGUACUUCGUGAAGCAAACGCGUAGUCUAGACGAUACCAUCAGAUACCUAGCUCGAAUGACCAAAUUACUACGAGGGAUAUACACCACCUCUACUCCGACCACCACUGCUUCUGCUUCGAACCAAUCACCACUCUUAAUCAUUCCAACCAAACAUAUCACCUCCCCACAAUCCUACCUAGACCUCCUUGCUUACCUCCGUUCCCAGCAAAAUCAUACGCAUAAUCCAACGCAAAGUACAAGAAGAUCAACAUUUACAGUUACAUUCCCCACCUUCUCUUCCCUAGCCUCCAAAUCAGAAAUGCUCACUCUCCGCGACAUCUUCUUAAAAAUGCUCAUGUGCACACGAGGCGUUACAGCUGAUAAAGCGCUGGAGAUCCAGCGGCACUGGCAAACGCCAAGAGAGUUUGUCGAGGCGUUUGAAGAGGCUUAUCACGGGCGCAGUGGAGGUGGGACUGGCCGUGGGAGAAGUGGUGGCACUGCUGCGAUGGAGAAUAUGGUGUUUGAGAAAUUAGGAGGGUUGGUGGGGAGGAAGAAAAUUGGGAAAUUGGUAAGCAAGAAGAUCGCGGAGAUUUGGGGGGUUAAUGAGAAUAGUAAGUCUAAAGGGAUUGACAAGUAUGCAUAA